GAAACAACCAACAGAACGAUGGGUGUAAUGCGUGAGUCAUAUCGUCCCUCCCCAUCCACCAAGCCAGCAUUUCCCGAUUCGACUGCCGGCAGACGAUGGUGGCGGCGGCCAAGCGAGUGACUUGGUCCACGACCACAGUGCAUGAGUUCCACCUCGGACACAACGCGUGCUCCGUUCCCAGCACGGGAGGUCCGUCAGUGGGUCUAGUGGGUGCCGCGGUCACGUCCCGCACCGCACCCGUCGACGACAGACUCACCGCGAUCCCUCGCUCCCACAGGGACCAACUGCUGCCACCUAUGCGCCGCAUCGAACUCCUUCGCGACGCAGGCUACGCCGUGGACGAGAUCGCUGUGUUUUGCAUGGCCACAAACCAGUGCCGCACCGAGCGACACGAGACAGAGCAGGAGUACGUGGCCCUGAUCCGACAGCGCCAGUACGAAACGUACCUUGUCAAGCAACAGAUCAUUGCGAUGGAAAUGGAGCGCCAGAGACAGCUCUACCUACAUAGGCACUACCAGAUGAACAUGCUGCCAUCGCACAAGGUUUUGCGGAGCCGUGCGGCUUCGAGUGACUAUGUCCGACAAAGCAGCUUUCCAUCGUACGCGGCGCCCCCCACUAGGGUGGUGGAUGUCCAAGUGCUGGACAACAAGCGCCGACGAUUGUCAGUCGAUGCCCUGUUAAAUUAGAUUCGUGGCCCCUAUUUAUCGUCGUAGCCGACAACUCCGUGACGUUACCCCAUAAAUAAAAAGUUUGUUGGUCAGUGUGUUCAACUGCCGG